UGAGAGCGCGUGGUUUGAGUCGGAGCUCUUUCAAAUUUAUUCUUAAUACAUCGUUUAUUCUUGUUAUAUCUUAAGACUUGUGUUUUAAAUUGUUAUCCUCCGAGGGUAAAACAUAUCCUUAAAUAUAUCCCAUACCAAAAUCGUAUUUAAACGCACAGAUAAUUUAUUUUUAUCGGAUCACUCGCUAUUAGCCUCAGGCUGUUAGCAUUCCCAGCCUGCCUGCUUACUGCUUAACACACUGUUCUCAUUAUUAAAUCACUGAUGGCUAAUGUUUCAGAUGUGUCUGUACCUCUGUGUGCAGAUGAGGAAACGAUCGCACUUCAGUCGGAACUGGAGGCUGUGGAGAAGCAGAUCCAGGAUCUACUAGAGAAGCAGUCACGGCUGCGAGAACGAAAAACGGCGCUGGAAACAUCCAGAGCCGACGCUCGCAAAUCCGCGGUAAGUUUUCAUCGCGAUUUUAAUACUCCUUCCACUUCUACUCCGCGUGUUUCUCUGCACAGAGCCCAGGCUUCGAGAACACGGUCAGCCCAAAUGAACUUCACUCCUGCACCGGCACACCCACGGCGAAAGGCGCGAGCCAGGACUGGAGCGAUGACCCAACCGCCGCCACCGGUCUUCGAGAUCCCGACCAGGAACCGCUUUGCCGCCCUCUGCGAGACGGAAUGCAACGCUGUGGUCAUCGGAGACUCAAUCGUCCGGAACGUACGCGCUUCCUCCACUAAAGGUAAGGUGCGCACUCAUUGUUUUCCUGGCGCCCGUGUUCUUGAUGUCUCUGCGCAGGUACCUGCGAUCCUGAAGGACGAUGCUAACGUCGGAGCUGUCGUGCUGCACGCGGGGGUGAAUGACGUCAGGAUGAGGCAGUCGGAGAUCCUGAAGAGGGACUUCAGGAGUCUGAUCGAGACGGUACGCAACGCAUCGCCCACGGCGAGGAUCAUCGUAUCAGGGCCGCUUCCUACCUACCGACGAGGGAAUGAAAAGUUCAGUAGACUAUUUGCUCUAAAUAAAUGGUUGAUGUCAUGGUGUAUUGAACAGAAGCUGCUCUUUGUUGAUAAUUUUGAUCUGUUCUGGGAGCGACCUAGGCUCUUCCGCCCUGACGGCCUGCACCCCAGCAGCAUCGGAGCGGUUCUUCUGUCUGACAACAUCUCAAAGACGCUACGCACCGCUUGACUACGUCUCCCAGCGGGAGAGAUUCCGCCAGGCCCAGAUGAACGUCAUAUGCCCAUCCACAACUAGAGAUUACGCCAGCUACAUCGGAAAAUCCCGUGCCAUCCUCCUGCGAGAGCCUGCGGACUGACUGACCAUCCAGCUCCAUCCAAGGCAAUUCCAUCACCACCCAAGAAAAAGGCGACCAUCUGGCCGGCCCAGCUCAGACAAUUCCAUCCCCAACCGAGAGCAAAGACGGACUACCUGUCACAUAAAUGCUAAAUUUACAAUACUUGGUAUUUAAUGCUAAACUUACAUCACACGACAGCAGUUUGAAGUUAUGGCUGCACUCAGUGACUUUGAUUGGAGGUAGCUGGGUGGGUGUUGUAGGGAGUGGGGGGGCUUGUUGGUUGUGGUUCGGGGCGUUUCAUUUGUUGGGACUGUGUGGGUCUGGUCUGGUUGGUCUUGUUUUGUGGUCGAUGUCGGACAACAGAGGAAUAAAGUUAAUUAUGCCAUUACUAUUUUUCCCUGGUUGUUCCUCUGUUGUCUGUUGUUGAUCGCGGAAUGGGACCGGGUUGGACCUGCACGGUUUCGGCGGGUGGGGCUUCCUGGGUCGCGGCUCGUGGGCUCUCCCUGUUCUUCGUGGACGUUGCUCGGUGGCUUUGGUCGGGGUCACUGAGUGCAGCUAUGACACGUCAGAGGAGAUCUGGCCCUCCCGGCUGAGCCUGGUUUCUCCCGAGGUUUUUUUUUCUCCAUUAUUCAGCAUUGGAGUUUGGGUUCCUCGCCACAGCAGAGCAGUGCAGUGUUGGCUUGCUCACCGGGAGACUGCAUUUAUUUAUUUAUUUAUUCAUUUAUUUAUUAGAUAUUAUUUAUUAUAAUGAUCUUGCUUGGUCUAUAAACACCAUGCACUGUGCUGUGUUUUACCUUUCUGUGUUUUUCUUAUUUGCUCCUGUAAAGCUGCUUUGGAACAAUGCACAUUGUGAAAAGCGCUAUAUAAAUAAA